GGAUAGUUCGUGCCAUAUUGUAGUUGGGCGAUACCACUUCACACGCACGGUGUCCAGCUGGUUGCAAUUUUAGAAUGCCAGCGGUGUUGAAUGUUUAUUACUUUCUCUUCAUCUUCCUAUACUUUCUGGACCACGCUGUCGGUCUUGGGGAACUUAUUUAUGCCGUGAACUGCGGAGGACCCAGACAUGUGGAUUCUUACGGGAUUGAGUACGACGCGGACCCGCUGGAAGGGAGGGUUGGGGUAGCGUCCGACUAUGGCCGCCGGGACAGAAUCGGCAGGGUGGCCGAGCAGGACCAGCUACUGUACCAGACGGAGAGGUGGAGUGAAGACACGUUUGGAUAUGAGGUUCCCAUCGAGCAGGAGGGAGACUAUGUGCUUGUGCUGAAAUUCGCCGAAGUGUACUUCUCUGCGUCUAACAUGAAGGUAUUUGAUGUGGUGUUGAACAGUCAGCACACGGUGGUUCAGGAACUGGACAUCUACGACAAGGUGGGACGCAGCACCGCCCACGAUGAGAUCAUUCCCUUCACUGUCAGGAAAGGCAAGCUGAUGGUCCAGGGGGAAGUCUCCACAUUCCACGGGGUACUCGCUGUCGAUCUCAUCAAGGGGCUGCAUGACAACCCAAAGCUGUGUGCACUGUAUGUAGUAAAAGGAUCAUCAGAUGAUGUUCCCAAAUUGCCCCCCAUCCCGGGAAUGGAACCAGACGAAGAAGAGGAGUUGUCCAGGGACAAACCAGACAAGGCACGCAGAACCUCGGGACCAAAAACACCCAAUCCAUACGACAGCGAUGAAAGUAGCACCAUGUUCCCCAUCCUAAUGGCCAUCGGAGUGUUCCUCCCAACCUUGUUUUGUCUGUGUAGGUUAUGACACGCCCACGAACAGUUAUUCAUGUGAUGUAUAUUUCAUAUUGUACCACUGUGCGACUGUGUAUCAACAUACAUACUGGUAGUGACUUACCAAACAUGAUUUUGUAAAUGAAAUCGGAGUGGAAA